AUGUGGUCCAUCCGUAAGGAAGGAACCAGUGAAUCCAAGGCUCAGAAGGACAAGAAGUGUGGGGAAGAUUUUAGGGGAAGAACUAAAAUGAUUGAACUUAAGGAUUUCCAGGUGACUCUGGCUGCUGAGUGGCAUAGGAAAAGACCUCUUCCAAACCAGCCUAGGCGCUGGAAGCUACGAGAGCCCCUUACCAGUGAGUGGAAGGUGAUGGGGAGCUCCCCGCAGAGGCUCAGAUGCGGCCGCCCCGUGCCGAGCCGGGUGCACUGGGCUGCAGCAGCCGUGGUGUGAGAACACUCCCCUCGGGACAGCUACCACCUGGUCAGGAUCAGUUGCUUCAUGCUGGGACUGGGCACCCUCCUCCCCUGGAACUUCUUCAUUACCGCUAUCCCGUACUUCCAGGGGCGGUUGGCAGGGGCCAAUAGCCCAGCUGAGGCUCUGAGCACCAACCACACCAGCCCCACAGACUCUCACAACUUCAACAACUGGGUGACGCUGCUGUCCCAGCUGCCUCUGCUGCUCUUCGCGCUCCUCAACUCCUUCCUAUAUCAGUGCAUCCCUGAGGUGGUGCGUAUUCUGGGCAGCCUGCUGGCCCUACUGCUGCUCUUUGUCCUGACAGCAGCAUUGGCGAAGGUGAACUUGAGCCCUGGGCUGUUCUUCUCCAUCACCAUGGCAUCCGUCUGGUUCAUCAAUUCUUUCUGUGCAGUGCUCCAAGGCAGCCUUUUCGGGCAACUAGGUACCAUGCCUUCCACCUACAGCACCCUCUUCCUCAGGGGCCAGGGCCUGGCUGGGAUCUUCGCUGCCCUUGCUAUGUUCAUGUCCAUGGCCAGUGGCGUGGAUUCCCAGACCUCUGCCCUUGGCUAUUUCAUCACACCGUGUGUGGGCAUCCUGCUCUCCCUCCUGUGCUACCCUAGCCUGCCCCAUCUGGAGUUUGCCCGCUACUACCUGGCCAAGAAGCUGUCCCAGGCCCCAGCUCAGGAGCCAGAGACCAAAGCUGAGCUCCUUCAAGCUGGUGAGAAGAAUGGGAUUCUCAUCAGCCCCCAGAAGGCAGGCCCAGCUCUGGAUCUUGACCUUGAGAAGGAGCCAGAGUCGGAACUGGAACUAGAGGAGCCCCAGAAGCCAGUUUCUUCAGUGGUGUAG